AGCUGUGUUUUGCACAUUCGCAAAGAAAAGCUACCGGCACAGCUGUUCGCGCUGCCACAGCAACAAAGUACUGAAGGAAAACGUAAACAAAUCACAAAUUACAUUGUCAUUGCGUACAAGGCCAAAAUGAGCGAAAAGGACAAUCGAUCGAGGGACAAUCGGAAGAAUAUGAAGCAGCAUAAAUAUUAUCAUAAGCAACAGCAGCAGCAGCAAUCGCAUCGAGGCGGCAACAAUACGUCCUCCAGCUCGCCAAAGGCGACAACAGUCCGAAGCAUAGUGGAUGUGGCAGACUCAAGUGAUGAGCCGCGUUUCGGUCGCAAAGGCUGGUCGAGUGGCACUCGCUCGUUGGCACCGCAAAAGAAUCGCGAUAUGCUGGAUACGCUGCCGCCGUCGGACUCGGAGGAUGUGGACCAUCUCGUUGACGGCGCUCCCAUCGAUGAGAAUGCACGCGCUCAGCUGCGCGCCGGCGACUACAAGCAGAUGUCGCAGUUCCCCAGCAUGGGCGGUGGCCACUUCACCUUUGGCGUCGAAAAGGAAUGGAGCAACAUAGCAGAGGGACAGACCCAGAUGCACACCAAAGCCGCCAGCGGCUACUUCACACUCAAUCUCAGUCUACUGAACUGCGGCCUGCAAACAAUUCCCUUCUACAAGCGCAUGGACUAUUCCCCAGCGAUGUUUACGCGAUCCCAGAUUAUUGCCCAAAACGAAGCAGCUGAGCGAGCCGAGCGCAUCUACCAAGAGCUUUUGUUAAAGGAAUUGAAUGCUAGCAAGUCCCGUGCCACCUCGGCCAUAUCCACAAAGUCUGCCCAACCAGCUGCACCAGACGAGCUGGACGAGCUGCUGGCGAUAACCGAUGCACAGCUGGCUCAGGCCUCCAUUGCCAAGGCCCCAACACUGCCAAUUGCCUCGCCGGUGGUGCAGCCUGCGACGCCGACGACGAACACUAGCAAAAACGAUGUCGAGCAAUGGCUGGACAGCGUGCUCGACGAGUGAGCUGUGUCAACUAUUAGCCAUAAGCGAAAUACGCAUUUGUAGCAACCCAAACCAAUUCCAAACAUAUCUGCUGUAGGUGCUACUUAAAAAUAAAUUCAA